UUUCAUAUGAAGGUAACUACAGAGAUUAUUUCCUGGAAUGAAACACAAAGUGAAUCGAAUUACUCCAUGGUGACUGAGUUCAUUUUCCUUGGACUCUCCAAUUCCCGUGAACUUCAGAUUUUCCUAUUUGUAUUCUUUUUUGUGUUCUAUGUAGGAAUUGUAUUUGGAAAUCUUCUUAUUGUCCUAACAGUGUCUUUUGACUCACACCUCCACUCCCCCAUGUACUUCUUGCUAGCAAACCUUUCCCUCAUUGACCUGUCCCUGUCUUCUGUCACAGCCCCCAAGAUGAUCGCUGACUUUUUCAGAAAACGAAAAGUCAUUUCUUUCAAGGGCUGCCUUACUCAGAUAUUUCUUCUUCAUUUCUUUGGUGGGAGCGAGUUAGUAAUUCUUAUAGCCAUGGCCUUUGAUAGAUAUGUAGCAAUAUGUAAACCCCUUCACUACACUACAAUUAUGUGUGGUAAUGUAUGUAUUGGCAUUGUGAGUGCUGCAUGGGGAACUGGCUUCCUCCACUCAGUGAGUCAGCUGGCCUUUGCAGUGAACCUACCUUUCUGUGGUCCCAAUGAAGUCGACAGCUUUUACUGUGACCUUCCGAGGGUCAUCAAACUGGCCUGUACAGACACCUACAGGUUGGAUAUCAUGGUCAUCGCUAACAGUGGUGUACUCACUGUGUGUUCUUUUGUUUUGCUCAUUAUCUCAUACACCAUCAUCCUAGCGAUUAUCCUGCGUCGCCCAUCAGACAGAUCAUCCAAGGCUUUGUCUACACUGACUGCUCACAUCACAGUAGUUCUUUUAUUCUUUGGACCCUGUAUCUUCAUUUAUGCUUGGCCAUUCCCUAUCAGAUCAUUAGAUAAAUUCCUUGCUGUGUUUUAUUCCGUUGUUACUCCUCUAUUGAACCCAGUUAUAUACACACUCAGGAACAAAGACAUGAAAACUGCUAUGAGACGACUGAAAAAAUGA